AUGAAUUUUUACCGAAACAAACAUCAAAAAAUAAAACAUAACGUUCGAAAUAAUCAAGCUGAAGAUGACGAAUAUCCUUCUCAAUCAAGUUUGAAUGAUUAUAGCGAUGUUUACAAACAAGAACUAACAAAAUGUGAAAAAGAACUAUCUGAAAUAACAGUAAAAUUUAAUAGGAUGAAAGAAAACAAUUAUGAGUUAGAAGUAAAGGUUCAAAAACUUGAAGAUGAUUUGUUGCAGGAAAGAAAAAAAAAUAAUUUUAUAAUUGAAAAAAAUCAGAAAGAAAAACAAGAACUCGACUCAAAAUUAAAAAUUUUAGAAGAAAAUUAUCAACGAGAUAUAAAUCAAUUAAAUGGUCGUUAUAAUGAGUUAGAAUCGUCAAAAAAAAAUACGGAAAGAUAUAUGGAAAGUUGUAUCAAAAAUUUAGAACAGCAAUUAAGAGAUCAAAGAAUAAAAUUUCAGCAAGAAUUUAAGCAAGCACAUGAAAAAUACAAGAAGAAUAUUAACUAUAUAAGACAAAAUUUAGAUGAGAAAGGAAAUGGUUCACGCGAUCUAGAAGACGAAAAUGCCAGACUUAAAGAAGAGGCAUCUAAAUAUCAAUCAGCACUUGGUGUUGCAACAAAUAUUUUCCUUAGUGAUGGCGAUCUAAAUCAUUCGGUUAAAUUAAAAAAUGAUAUCUUAAAAUUGCAGAACAUAUUGGAAAAUUACGUAACUCAUUUGAAACCUAAUAUGAAUAUUAAUAUUAAAAAAGUACAAGAACUUGCACAAGAAUAUGGUUGUUUAAAUGAAAUUACCGCAAACAAUUCAAAUAAGAUCUUUAUUAAAGCUAUUUUACAACGUAAGGUGUUAGAUUUAAUAUGCGAGUUUUCUCAUGAGUUUUUUAAAUUCCAAUGUGGAAACUCUAAACUUGAAUCAGAUGUCGAAUCAAAAGCAACAGAAUUAUUAGAAUUAAUCAAGCUAUUCUUAACAACUCGUGCCGGUACUGAUGAGGUUACUGGUGCAUCAAUAAUAAAAAUACGUCAACAAGUUUAUGGAAUUCUUGGUAAUCGUGGAUUUAACAAUAUAAUCGAUAAUGAUGGAAAUAUGCGAAUGCAUGACUUUAUAGCUCAUGUUAGCAACGAACUCAAUAAAAUGAUGAAUAAUUAUCGUAAAAUCAAUGAUCUUAAUAGAAAAAAACAAGUUGAUGCAAUGGCACCAAAACUUAUUCAAGAUAUUUUUAAAUUGUUGUGGUUUCGCAUAAAUGUUCAAGAACCAAAAUUAGAAUGUGAAUUUUUUGAAAAUGAUAUGAUUAAUCCAAAUUUGAUGAAAGGAGCAUGGAAUGAUGAUGAAAUUGAUAAAUUACGCGUAGAUAUAUGCUACUUUCCUCUCAUUGGAACUAAGUUGAAUUCUUCAGAUGCAAAAAUAUAUACACUUGCAAAAGUAUUUCCGCGAUAUAUUAGUGCUUCAAGUGAGGCUAAUGAAAAAGUAUAUGAAUAA